AUUGAAAUAUCAUAGAAUAUAUUUCUUCCUAUUUUUUCUCCCAAAAUUUCUCAAAUAUUGUGUUCUUCACCUACAGAUUAGCUAAUUUUUGUCCAUUGAAGAUUACGUUGAAACUUUUUUAAUCCUUAUUAACUCGCAUAGAUUUGAUUUGAAGAUUUUUGCGGUAAAUUUUAUAUCUUUACGGAUAUAUAUGUUUGUUCUUCUUUAUUUUUUAAAGUUAUUAUCUACAUUACCCACUAUUUUUAUUCAAUUUUUCAUAUAUAUAUAUAUAUAGUGUUAAUUAGGUGUGCAAGUAACUAAUUUGUAGUUUUUCAAAUGAAUGGAGAAACCCCUUUUAGGAGAGUAACAAGAGGUAUUGAGCAUGUAGAUAAGACUAAUUGUGGUACUCCAUCGUCUGAUUUGAGAGUUUCUCAAUUAGACAGUGACAAAGUAAGUUUUAUUGCUGAAUUGGAAGAAGAUAAGUUGAGAGCAGAGACUCGAAGGAAAAGUGACAAUGACUUUUUUAAAAUUCGAAAUAGCAUGUUAGAUUGUCAAUCAAAAGACGAUUCAAUCAACGCUUCAAAAAUAUCAAUGGUCAGUACAAGUAGAUCAAAAAAUAAUGAAAAGGAAAAGAAAUGGCAAAUUCUAGCAAUGAUGAAAGAGGAAAAUGUUCCAAGCUUUAUCAAUCCAAAGCGGAGAGUGACGAUGUUGAGAUUCAACAUAAGGUAUUUUUUUAUAUUUAUCAAUUAGAUUUUUUUGUAGUUUAGUUAUCUCAUAAUAUUAAAGUUUUGUAUUUGUACGAUUGUAUUCGGUGUAAAGAUGUAUACAUAUAUCAACAUCAUACAGCUAUACUUAUGUAAAUAUAACUAUAUAUGUGAACAUAUACAUACACACACAUAUAUACAUAAAGUUAUACAUAUAUUCAACUAUAAAGUUAUAUAUAUCUCAUUGUUCUGGAUGAUAUGUGGAACAACAACUAUAGAGAGUGGGAUGACUUGAGAAAUCUCUUUGUACAAGGAGCUACGGGAAGUAAGAUCAUUGUAACUACACGUAAGGAGAGUGUUUCCCAGAUGAUGGGUAGUGGGGCAAUAAACGUGGCGAUUCUGUCUAGUACAGAUUCUUGGGCUUUAUUCAAACGACAUUCUCUAGAAAAUAGGGAUCCUCCGAAGGAAUAUCCAGAACUUGAAGAGGUUGGAAAACAAAUUGCAGACAAGUGCAAAGGAUUGCCUUUAGCUUUAAAGGCACUUGCUGGUAGUUUAUGCUACAAAUCAGAGGUGGAUGAGCGGACAGACGUUUUAAGAAGUGAAAUAUGGGAGCAGACUUUGAAUGAUGUUUUACCAACAUUGAUGUUGAGCUACAAUGUGUUAAUAGAACUUUAUUGAAAGGAAGAAAGGCUAAGGUUUACAAUAUAAUCUGAAAAGCCUGAAACUAACUAAACAAAAGUAGGCUAUAUAUACAUAGCCAAUAACCUAAAGGUCCAUAAACUA